CAACAUAUCAAUACGUCACUGGCAAAUAAGUGAUAGCAAAUCCUUUGAGAAUAAUAACUUUGUUUAAAUAGUGCACGUAUUUUCAAUGGAUAAGAGUGUACUUCUGUCUCGGGAGUCAUAGUCGGUCUUUUGAGGUGGUACUUACGUUUUGAACAUACAAAAAAGAUUCGCAGAUGGAUUAAUUAAUAGUCACUUUAAACGGAUGUAUUACUGAAAAUGAAUAAAGUUAGCAUUUAACCACGAACAGUUUAACUUGCCUGUAAUACACUAUCGUGUAUUUUUGUGAAAUCAGUUUGCAAACUAUUUAUCUCGACAAGAUUUAUGUGUGGUAAAAUGUUUGUCAGCUCAAUAUCGUUACCGAUUCUGGUUGUUUUUACAAUGUUGCAAGGAAACAUCCGGGUAACGAAGGCUCAAGCGCUAACACCAGCCGCGAUUUCCAGCCUGAUCAACAAUUUCAGCGACAGAGAUUUGCUUUUGUUCGCAAUGGAUAUAAUUAUUAACAAUCCAAGCUGGAUAAAAACGCUCAAAGAGACGGCUAUAGCUGCGUUUCCGCUCCUGAGUCUUGACCACCCGCCAGAAUUGUUCACUUCCUACGUGCUCCCGUGGGCGUUCAGUCACCUUCCUGACGUCAUCAGUAACGAGGAACUCGUAAACGCAUUGCGGGUGUUCAUCAAUGAAGUAGAAAACCAUCGGGCGAACGAAACUUGGAUUCUUCAAUCAAAUGAUACUCAAACAGUCUUGGACCACUUUGUCGGAGAGUUGUUACAAUCGCUGGACUAUUCUACCAUCGUAAGGAACAUAAGUGCUACAAAAUAUGCCAACAGUCCCGAGCUGAUUUACACUCUCAAGGAUACAUCCCUGGCGGCAGUGGGCAUUCUGGAUAUGGACGAGCCACCCUACUGGUUCACUACGCUGGUUCUCCCGUGGGCACUGAAACAGUUGCCGAUUGUCCUAAACAAUGAGGACAUAAAGGACAUCAUAAAAAACUUUAUACACGAAGUUGAAACUCAUUCGGCAGCUCUACAAUCUGAGUCUUAUGAGAACACAACACAUGAAGACUCGGUUCUGCAUUUACUUGGGUCAUUAGACUACAUCUCCAUAGCAGAUGGUGUUGUCCAGAAGUUAUUUUACAACAAUUCUACGGUUCUGCAUUUACUCGGGUCAUUAGACUACGCCUCCAUAGCAGAUAGUAUUAUUCAGAAGUUUUUCCCAUACAAUUCUACGGAUCGGCCACUGAGCGAAGCGUGCUACACAGACACCAUGGUCUUCUUCGACAGGCUCUUCCGGGGCGACGACUGGGCUCUGAAUAUGUUUGAUGCGAUCGGGAAGCCAACGACAGGCAUCCGUCGCGGAGUCUUGUACUUCGGAGGGACCUAUGAUGAAUGCCAGGCAGUGAGCGCUAGGGUAACGAGAAACGUUUCCGGCGACGAACACCCUGCUGACGCUGACAUCGCGUUCCAGGGCAAGUACUGCCGAGCGACGUUUGUCCCGCCUAGAAGCCUCAUAGAGAGUGUGGCCGGGGAGCACAUUAACAACACGUACGGUUUGCCCCUGACCAUAUCGCUGGGUCUAUGCCUGCCAGACACGUGUACAGGACAGGACAUUGAAGGGCUACUCCGUCUUGGUUUGCUACGAUCGCUGUUCAACCUGUCCGUGGAGCGGGCUGUAUGCACAGAGGAGCGGAACUUCCUUGCGGACACAGACGCGCACAUUGUCAUAGGUAUAUUGGGCGGUCUGGCGCUGCUGGUUCUCGUCUCGUCUGCGCUUGACCUGUGCUGGAUGCGCUGCCGGGAACCAACACACGACACGACGCUCAUGUCCUACGGGUUGCACGAUGCGCCGUUCCGCACAAACAAUGCGUACGAAAGCUUCAAUGGCGAGAAGACGAAUCACAUAGGAGACUCUCCGCAUAAGGACGGCUACAAGGACGUCACUGAGACGAACGCUGAAGAUUCGGUUCUGGAAAACACCGAGGUCGCUCCGAAGAAAAGCAAGAGGACUCAUCAAGAGCUCUCUGAACUAAACAUUUCUGUCGACAGUGAUUUGACAGAAAAUAUUUUAAACACCAGUGUAAAUGUAGAAGAAGGAAACGUUUACAAGUUGCUUCGCAGCUUCUCAGUGUUUACAAACAUGGCUGCCAUUUUCAACUCGGAGUCGCAGCCUGGGGACAUAACGUGUCUUUACGGGAUCCGAGUUCUUUCCAUGUUCUGGAUAGUCCUGGGCAAUACCUACCUGUACACCACCCAGUCUGUAUCUGACGUUCCAGUGGCUGUGGACCUGAUGGACUCGUUCGAUCUCAUGAAGAGGUUCACUAUGCAGGCCGUCAUGUCAGCGCCCUAUGCUACCGACACUUUUUUCGUCAUCAGCGGCUGUUUGAUCUCGUAUUGGUUCCUUACCAAAGACGAGAUGCGAAGCACGAAGAUCAAUAUCAAAAUAUGGCUCAAGUUCUAUGGGGGCAAGCUCUGGAAAAUGACCCCACCCUAUAUGCUGGUCAUGGUGACCUUUGUGUACCUGUACAUGUACCUGGGGGACGGGCCCAUGUGGCCGGACAAGAUUGCCGUCGCCGACAGCUGCCGACAGGACUGGUGGAAGCACCUUAUAUACAUCAAUAACUUCGUCGGCGUGGAAGGUGUGUCGGCUGAAAAACAGUGCAUGGCCUGGUCCUGGUAUAUUGCGGUCACCAUGCAGUUCUACCUGAUUUCACCUAUUAUACUCACCUUCAUGGCGUUCUCCUCUUCCAUGGGUGCUGUGGUGACGGCGGUGCUGGCGGUUGCGGGGAUGGUGGCUUCCGGUGUCAAAGAGGUGGAGCACGGCGGUGAGAUAAUCACGAGCCGGCUGGACGGCGGCGCCUACUGGAACCACGUGUUUACGAAGCCCUGGUGCCGGGUGGCGCCCUACUGUGUGGGACUGCUACUGGGGCUCAUACUGCUGCGCGCCGGCUCUAGGCGACCCAACAAGUUGGUGGUGGCGGUUGGCUGGCUGGUGGCGCUGUGCCUGGGUAUCUUCCUCGUCUAUAUCCCCUAUACCAAGUACGCAGAUGGACUCGAGCCCUGGACCCUGGCACAGCAGGCAGCCUAUGAGGCACUGGGCAGGCCCGUCUGGGGUCUUUGUGUUGCAUGGGUAGUGUACGCAUGCGCAACAGGAUUUGGAGGUCCGCUGAACGAGUUCCUGUCGUGGUCGGGUUUCAUACCGUUUUCCCGGGUUACGUACCUCGUGUACCUGCUACAUCCGGUACUCAUGGUGCUUGUCGUCUACUCGCGGCGAACAUUGUUGCACCUCAGUGACUUCGAAAUGGCGUACCAGUUCGUGGGUCACCUCGUAGUCAACUAUGCCGCUGCCGUCGCCGCCGCCCUCGUGUUUGACUUUCCCUUCCGCAACCUUAAGCGGGUCUUUCAUGGUAAAGAGCUGGAUGCUGUCUUCUAGGCGCCUCGCGUAUAGCACGUUUCCUUCGGGUGUGCUUUUUCUACGCACAACAGAUAUACGUAUUUGCAACUGCUGCUCACUAGUGUAUAGAAAUGUUAGAAGAGGACAUUUUUAUUCGAUUUUUUGUAGACUUUAGUGCGAGCUAAUACUAUUGUGAACAGUGUAACUUCAUAUGUAAACUUCCUUGUGAAUUUGUCAUUGUUAUAUAUACUCAUGUAUAUCAUUUAGAGACUACCACUUGCCUCUUGAAUGUAUUGUUGCUUUCACAAGUUAAAUGAAUUUGUUCGAAGAUUUUCUUAUUUUUGAAAAAAAAUCAUUAAAUAUAUUUACUAACAAAUCGUUAAUGUGUUUAAUAAUAUUAAAUAAAUAACGUAUUAGUAAAAAUAAUAUCGAAUUCCUCGUGAUUCGAAAGCGAGAGCUACUGUGCCACCCUGCGCCACGCGGGAUUACAUCUUGUUACCAAGAAAUACACGCCAUAUUAGUACUGAACAUAUUUUCCGAAUUGUCGAGGAAAAAGCAAUACUAUUUAAACGAUUUCGAAGGAAUAGUAUCCAUAACUUAGCAAUUAUGUUUAACUUGUUUCUUAUUAAGAAGUUUUAUUUAACUUGUAUAAAAAUAAUGUAUACAGUCUUUUUGAAUAUGUGACAAUUAUUUUGACAAUCGUCAUUUGACCAAACUGUAAACACGUCCCUUUAAAUAAAUAUUAUGCGUUUACAGUAUGAUAUGUAAAAGAUAUACGUAAUGACACUCAAAGAUUUUUUUCAAAACCUGUUUAUGGUUUGAUAUCUUUUUUUAUUUUAGAAAAGAACAUGUUGGUGGUUAUUCUGUUCAAUUGUUUGUUUUUGUUUUAAACAGACGAUCUUUUCAUUAAAGGUAAAAAAAACAAUAAAAAACACAUAAUAGAGUGACAAAAAAGAAGGAAAAUGAUAGUGUAUUUAACUAAUACAUAUUUACACAAUGCUACCCCCAUUUACAUUUUGUCAAAACAUUUCCAUGGAUAGCACACGACAGCAUCCUCUUUCAGCGCAUGCGCUUUACACGGUUUAAAUAGAAUAGUAAGCAUAAUACUAGCAGAAUACCAGCGAUAUACUGCAAUUUAAUUCACUCCUAAGGUACAUGAUUAUAUCCGCUCGCAACCAGUAAGUUACUGGACACACGCAGCUUAAUUUCGGCUAAUCUUCGUAGGAUGGAUGCCUCUUAUUGGCGUCGCACUGAAGUGCGGCGACUAGUAUGCAAUACGUUUUUUACGCUUAUGAAGUUAUUUUACGGAUCAAUGUAUAUAUUUUUGUUGUCAGAAUAUCUUGCAUACUGGUGAUUUUGUGUGUAAAUUAUUGUAAAUAAGUGCUGCAUUUGUGCCUAUUACAUUUACUACAACAUUUAUUGCCAAUAAUGCAAAGCUAAUUCUUUAAAUUAAUAACUGAUCACAGGGACUGGACAAUAAUAAAAGAUCACAGGGACUGGGCAAAUACGCGAACCGGUGAAACAUUCUGGUUUUGUAUAAAAAUAAAACUUCUUUGUUCCACUAUCAUAGCAACCACCUAGUUACUUAUAAAAGCGCUAUAGAGCGCGAAGCGCGACACUUAUUAUUAUUGUAAUAAUGAGUCUUGAUAAAGGAAGCAGCCGCUUAUCAAUGAGGAGCACCAUCACAGCACCCCAGUCUCAUAACUAUCAAGUCCUCAUUCAGUUUUUUUUUUAAGAACCACAUAUAGAAGGCCGCAGACCUGACCCGAAUUUUGCCUGUGGUAUGGACCCUUUGGUAUGGACCUUUAACCCCGCUCACUAUCCAGCGUUUAAACUUCUGGGUUUACAUUUAAACCGACUAUAAAUAGCUUAUUUAUAUCUUAGUUAGAAGGUGAUAUUUCAAGCGGUUCCGUAGUGUAGUGGUUACACGCUCGCUUCACAUGUGAGAGGCCCAAAGUUCGAGCCCCAGUAGAAUCAAAUUAUUUUAUUUGUGUUUUAUGUUAACUUUUUGUUUUGAUGUAGUUAUUUUAGUUUAAAUAAAUAUGCUGUUUUAUUGUAA